GAAUACACAUUUUUUUUUCUGGGCUUCUUCGGCGGCGGCGUCUCCGCUUCCGUCAAUUUUGAGAAAUUGGUUCCGCUUUCCGCUGCUCAACGAGUUUGGUGAAAAACGAAGUCGCGACCGCAAUGCAGAGCCGGUCAUAAAGACGAACUGCUACGCAUACGGGACGCAACGCUUGGUUUCGAGAAGCAGUGGUGUUGCUUGAUCAACGUGCUACUGGGCCAGCUGCGCUAAGCACUUCGAAAACACCUGCGCUUUCACGCGCGCUGAGGUCUAAUAAACCGGGCUCUGUGGCGGGAUACAGCCAUCCGAAAUGACUGAGCAGCAAGCUUCGGCAGACAUCGUCGCGGAGCUUUUGGAAGUUGCAAUCCACAACAUCCUUUACUCGAGGAAGCUGUAUCCCGAAGAGAUGUUCCAGAAAUCGUGGAAGUACAACAUUCCUGUUCAUCUGGCAUCACAUCCCCAGAUUGUGGACUACAUUGACAGCUGUGUGAUGACAAUGCACAAGUUGCUCCAACGGAACGAGCUGCGCAAGAUGGUUGUGCAUGUUACGGACUCUAACCACAGGCCCCUGGAACAAUUUGUUUUUGAGGUCACCGUCCCAGUUGAAGGGUCCUCGACUCGGUCUAAUAUCUCCAGGCGGCAAAAGGAAGAGGAAGACUCGUACUUGCUUGACGUGGAAGCGGCAGCGCGAGCCAUUUGCCUCAAGGUGACUUCGUGCGACUCCGUCUUGCAAGACAACCCACAAGGGUGUUCCUUUAGCAUCCAGCUACACGUCGCAGAGAGCACAGCCAUGAGGCUUUCCUUGAGUGAUGAUCCCGAUGACCAGUCAUUCCCCUGGAUAGAGGCAGAUGACAAGGACAUCGACAUACCUGGGGGAAGCAUAGUGCCGCUCAAGUGUGCCAACACAACUGUUGGAAAGGUGCAGCUCUACGUCGUGGAGAGUGAUGUCAAAAAGUCAUCGUCUUCUUGAUGUUGUUACAUUUAUAUGUGUUCACAAGAAUUUUCACAUUACUUCAGAGAGUGAAAAGAGGCAUCAUUGCUCGAGCAACCUAUAAAUUAUUAUUAUGUAAAUAAAACAUUAAUACUCGGGCACGAUGCCCGAGGUCUCGUGUGCGCAUCGUUGACUUCACUUUCGAUCCACACU